ACCAGACAUAAAUAAUAAUAAAUUAAAAUAGUGCAUUCUCAUUAACUAGCAGCCUGAGAGCUCCCUUGGGGGCAGUUAUAAACCACUCCCCAGGGUCCUACUCCUUUCCUAACACCUCCUUAAGAUAUCUCAGCAACCAUCAAGAUAAGAAGCCUUCUGAGAACAGCAUUGAAGACAACAGAGGAACAGAGCUGAGGCUCUGGGACCCAGAGUGGCCAUUUCUUCCAGAAUCUGGCUGCAACCACUUCUGGGCUAUGUUCUGCAGGACUCAGGUUCUCAGAUACAGUGGUGUCCCUGGAAGAAAGUGCCCUGUGUUUAAAUAAGUUUAGAAAAUGCUUCCUGUUUCCACAGUACCGAUUCUAAACACUUGCUACUGUUGAGCACAGAUAUAACACUUUAAAGUGUCAUCACAUUUCAUCCUCACGACUCUGCUAAGUCCUGUUCUUACCCUCUUUUUACAGGUGGAAGCAUUGAGGAAAGUGCUGGGUGAAUCUCAAGUGCAUCAUGCUAAGUGAAAGAAACAAGACUCAAAGAGCUCCAUACUGUAUGAUUCCCAUUAUAGGACAUUCUGGAAAACAGAAUGGUUGCCAAGGGCUGGGGUAGACUACAGAGGAGCAUAAAGAAAUUUUGGGAAGUGAUGGAAAUGUUCUGUACCCCGACUGUGGUAGUGGUUAUAUAAGAUUUAUGAGAUUUGUCAAAACUCAAAAUACUAAAAAGGGCGAAUUUUACUAUAUGUCAAGUUCACCUCAUUAAACUUAACUGAAAAAGAAAAGAAAGAAGAACAGAAGAGAGAGGAGGCUGGGAGUGAGGAGGAAGGCAAAGGGAGAAGAAUGUGAGCACAGGAAAGGGGGCUUUGAGUUGGUGGAGAGCCUGCAAAGUUGGUGAGGAUUCCAUGCUUUGGCCAGGGGCUACCAGCUCACAGUGGGGAUUUUCUCAAGACCAGCACCCCACCCCCAGGAACCUCGUCCACUUUUAGUUUGGUAGUUCAGUCUCUACUGGUGGGGGGAUGUGGUCUCUGGACAUCCCCGGACCCCGAUGCUCCAGCCCUAACUAUAGUGCUGCCUCAGAAAGUCCACAUACACACACUCCCCCAGAUCCUGUUACCAGGAUACUGGUGGGAAGCCAUUUCCUGCCUAGACGUCUUAGCAGCUCCCACUGCCAUGGAGACCAGCUUGGAAGCUAGGAGGGCCUGUUUCCACCAGCUGCUCUGACUCAGCGAGCAGGAGGAAGAGGAGCCCAAGGGUCCUGGACAACAGCAGGAGCCAAGCCCCAAGGGCGGCCGAGCAGGGACCUCGGCCUGGGCCCACCCACCCAUCAUCCGCCCAUCCACCCAUCCACACAUAUAUCUCCCAGCAGCGCCCCACCGGAAUAGAUCUCAGUCCCAACUCCUUCCUUAGUCGGAAAGUCGGGGUAUCCUCUCCCCUACAACCAUGUUUAUCACAGUGAUGUUUGGAGGUAAGUGGUAACCCUGUCCCAGCAGAUGGGUUGAGGAAUAGUACACUCGGCUUGCUUCUCUCUGCCAUGGAAGGGGAAAGGCAGUGUGGGAAAGGGAGUUCACAUGUGGAAGAGGGUGGGGGUGGGGUUUGGGGAAGCAGCUCUGUGAGGAGGCAGAGCCAGUGCCUGGAGACGAUCACUGAAGGGAAAAACCCUGGCUGGGUACUGGGCAAUUCACAUGGGCUCCUCUUGAAGAACACCCGCCAGGCGAUCACGAGCAUGUUUUUAAACUGCACAACCUCUUGGCUAUUCAGUUAAUGGUCCUCAGGCUUCAGGGUGCAUUAGGCAAGCACCUGAAGCUCUAGCCAUAGUUGCAGAUUCCAGAUUCCCUAGUGGGGCUCCCUAGGGAGUCCAUUUUCGGAGCAGGAGGCAUGAGUUGUACAUCCCUCGCUGACAUCUCAGAAGAUGGGUGGUGAUGGGUACAGUCCUAGUUUUGUAGCUCUAUUCGCUCCUCUGGUUAGGAAGAGAUGAGAGAGGCAGAGGGUCCAAGAUUGGGGGAAAUAAAGGGUCCCAUUCACUCACCUCUGCUCUCCCCGACAGCAGGCUGCUGGGAGCUGGUGAACCCCUGGUGCAGCCUGGUAACUCUCACUGCCCACCUGAGGCAGAUGGGACAGGUGCCCCGAGAUGCGACCAUUGCCCUCCUGGCUGAGGAUGGACACCUGGUGAGCCUGGAAGAGGGCCUAGAGGGGGCUUCCCAGGCCCCCUCCACAGGCAGCUCCCUGUUGCAGGAGCGUGGAACCUAUGUCCUUGUGCAGAUCAUCAAAGCGGAGGGCGGGGCUCCCGCCCGCUAUGUGUCCUUACUAGAGAACUUGGAUGACCAGUGUCCAGAGCUUGCAGAGGAGCUGCGCUGGCUGUCAGGCCUACCCCGCACAAGCAAUAGCCGGAGGAGGCGUCCAGGUACUCGUCGUGGCCACCAAGAGCAAGGCCCUUCUUCAAGGCCCCAAAGGCUGGGCUCCCUGCUGUCCAGGACCCGCUAGCUGUGGCCAGGAGCCAGGUAAGGAGACAUAGGGACACACACCCAGAAGUGGGACUCCUUCCCAGACACCUGAGGGGUGGAUCCCCAAUGUCAACCCCUGUCACACGCACACAUAUACCCACAAGAUGGAGCACACUGUACCCAGAGACAGGUCCCCACCACCUUUCUGGAGUGUAAGUGCCCAAAGGCAGGAAUGUCCUGAGUGCCCAGAUGUGGCACAGGGCCUGGCUCUCAGUAAGUGCUCAAUGAAGAGCUGCUAAAGGAACCCCAUGAAAGCAGUAGCACAGCACGUGUGAUGUCGGGGUUUGCACUUGGGUUAAAGGACCUAAUCCUUUGUUCUGGAAGGCCCCAUGACUGAGUACCAUAGCCAAAUGUCUGAGCAGGACUCAGGUCCAAGGGGGUUUGCCAUGACCUCUGCCUUGUGUAAUCAGGCCCCAAAAGACAGUGGCCGGCAGCAUUCCUCUUACGAAAUCUGGAAUUACUGAGUUGUAUUAGCAAGAGGGGAAAGGUGACAGACAAAAUGUGAGGCUGCUGGGGGCCACUAAGAUGUGAGUGCAGAGAAAGGGCUCCAGAGGCAGAGACAAGAAAGGCGGAGGGCAUCCCUGAGAGGGAAGACAAUCAGGAUUCUAGCUCUCAGAGUCAGACGCCCUUGAGGUCACCUGCUAAUGCCUCAU